UUGGCGAUUUUGUCUUAAAAAAGAGAAAGAAGAAGAAACAAACUUUUCUAUGUUUUUUCUUUCUUCUUUUUCUUUCUUCACUUUCUCAUGAAGAAUUUUGAGAGCGGGAUACUUCAUAUUUGGCCAAUAAGAAACAUCUUCCUCUACAAGUUACGCGAAAUAUCGAAAAAUAGAGUAUGUAGGAGACCUGAAAGGGUGCACCACGUUUACACAUCUUUAGUCGAUGAGAGCAAUGCAUUGACGAUCGAUAUGAUUCAUCACGUAUCGCACGUCGAUUAUUUAAUGAACUCGGCCAUAUAUCAUAUAUAUGCCUUGCCAGCUAAGACUCAAAGGACGACAGGCGCAGACAUCUGACCGUUCUGUGCGGUUGCUUUUUUAAGGGCCCGCCUGAAAAGAACGUGACUCAGGAAAAUACCUCUGGAUCCCCAAGCAUACUUAGCUAAUGAUUGCCCUGUUGCUAUAGGAUGUGUGACGUCACCCGAAUCAGGCGCGCACACGCUGUUGUUGAAAUGCCUCAAGGGCUUUGAAUGCACUCUCUGUCCCAUCGCGUUACUGGUGUAGUGUAAUCCUUUAGCCCUAUCUCGACUAAACGCUAAGAAGCACGGUUUAAUCUUUGCGGAACAGUGAUUUGACUGCGUCGUUGUGGGGCUGCUCUUUGAGUUUUGACCCCUCGUAUAAGCCUCUCUCAAAGGCUUCUAGCAAUAGUAGACAUGUAGCCGCGCGAUCCUGUCUUCUCAACAUAUGACAUCUGUUGACCUCGAGAAUGGAACAAGCUCAGAUGAUAAAAGAAGUCGCAAAAACUCCGUUGCGCCAGCUAGUCUCCCGGAUGUAGACCCUUCGCGACUUCCUCGAUAUCUACGGGACCCAACUCGUAGGAGUAGCCUACAGCCGAGAAGAAUUUCGGUACAAGGCAGUAAUGGAUCGGCAAACCCCGAGCAGCAGACAUCACAACCAAGGGUCUUGGAACCAAUCAGUAAUUCUUCGGAGGUAGUAGUAAAAGAAACGGGCCAUAACGAUCCUGAGAAGGAACAUUCCAACACUGUGCAUGCUCAAAAGAAUCACGAACAAAAGCAGGACUUAAAAACACGGAGAUGCUCUGUACCAUUGCCGCCUGCAGUCAAUGCUCAAACGUUGGCCGAACGUAAUCGUCAAAGGCGAGCGAGCCAUGCUGGUGCUCGACCUUUUAGGCAUUAUCUAUAUGGACCGAAGCUUAAUCGAUUUGAAAACGAUGUUGAAGAACUCGAGAUUGUGGUUAGUCCCCCUUCGAGGCUAGAGAAUAACUUAUCUGGCAACCACCGCUCGUCUAUAAAAUUUGAACAUUUGCCAGAAGAGAACGAAAGUAGUCCAUCAGAUUUUGCAAGCUUGACAAAUAUUCGACCUAAAGAGGAGCUUCUUCCGGAAAGUGCGAGUGAAAGUAAUAGGUCAAAAAAUAAAAGAGAAGAUGAGACGCCCAACAAAACUCGGAAGAUUUCAAGAGUUGCGCCGACGGGCCCGUUUAUCCCGAAGCCUGAUAAUCACUUGGUGCUGUCGCUGUUCAGCUGUCUGUGUUGCUGCCCCAUAAUAGGCAUCGUCGCCGUCUUCCUUUCGUACCAGGUUGACUUAAAGUACGAGGAUGGCCAGAAAGAAAAGUCGGUGGAUAAGUCUCAAAAAGCCAAAUGCUGGGCGAUGACCGCUGUGAUGCUUGGCAUGAUGAUUUUCGCGGCCGCUGUUAUGUAUGCAGUCGUCAAAUUCGCUACCGCCAAGGCAUAACACCAUACAAACCAUUCCUUACCAAAUAUGGUCAUGAUAAUACUUCGUGUCUUCGCUGUAUGAUGUACGCAGAUCCAGGACUCUCUAUUGGUCCAAAGGAUGAUGUAUAACAUCAAGUUAACAACCAAUUGUGUAGUGUGUUCAUUUGUUACCAUUUUGUAAAUACUUAGUUAAAAAUAUAUAAAGAAAUAAAGGGAACUUAAAAAGCAA